GUUGCUUGCAGACGUCGAGAAGUUCAGGUCUUCGGGAAAGUUUCAAAGCUUGCAAAGGAUGGCUCACAUGAUGACAACAGCGCUCCUUGCUCUCGUGUGCGCUUUCGGUGUCGUGACGGAGGCAGGUUACUACGGGGGAUACAGCACGCAAGGUCGCGUCACGGUCAUAAAACAACUGACUGCCACCGUAACGGAGACUAAGACAACGGCCAUAACAACCACCGCAACGACCACAGUGGAAAAGACAGUAACAAAGACUCCUGCCGUUUCCUCAGUCACGCAGACGCAGGUCGUCACGCUGCUAAAGGGCUGCUCUGGCGUAGGUCAAGGGUCAGGUCAUUCGUACGGCUACCGCGGCUAAAGGUCAUCAGAGGUCACAUAACACAGCACUAACACGUGAUCUUGGAUGCAGCGAGAAGUAAAGUCCACAUAGUUAAUACAGAGCUUUAUAGUACAGUCUCUUGUGGUUUAAAAUAUGACGUCUUUAUCAGAACUCACUAUGAAUUUGCUUUAGGAUAUAUGGUAAAUGGUUGCUUUUUAUAACGUACAUUUUUAGUAUCACUAUAUUCAUAGCAGGUCAUCUCUCUUUUUCCUAUAAUGAAAUCAUGUUAAGAAUAGAAAAUCAAGUCAAAAUGUCACACAGAAAUGCAAUUAAGUGUGCGUAUAUACACCACAUGUGCAUAAUACACUAUAUAUACAACAUGUGUGUAUGUAAUAAAAUGAAACAUUUCACAUUCGCACACUUAUACGUAUAUUUUUCUCGUUAUCUCGCUUACUACUC